AUGUCCAAAAAGCCUACCACUCUCGAAGCAGCUGCCCUGACCAAUUUCACUCCAGCAGGUCAAGCAGCAUUAUAUCAUAUCCACUUAGCUCAACAGGCAGAGAAAGAUGAACUUGCAGCAUUGGAGGAGGCGAAGAAAAAAGAGAAGAAGCUGAGGGAAGAAAUCAGACCGGAAGAGGUCAAAGCUGGAGAAGUGGUAGAUCGAUGGAUCAAAGAUUGGUGUCCUCCCUUAUAUCAAUUCUUAGAUAUAUUCGCAACUCCCCAUCUGACGAUUGGGAUAUUCCUCUUUCUUCAUUUUGCCUAUUGGUAUACAAUACCAUGGUAUUGUCAUUUCCUCCUGACAUGGCCUAUAGUCUAUUUCAUCCCAUUGCACUGUACUAGUAAAUCAAUCUAUAAAACAAAAGAUAGGGUGUUAUGGCUAUCGUACUGGAUAAUUCUUUCCGUUUUGGAAUAUUUCGAAAUUCUCUUGUUUAGAGAUCAAGCUAGAUCGUUGGUUUGGUGGCCUAAGCUAAAAGCAAUAUUCUGUCUUGUGAUGUACUCCAUCAUCGAUAUCGAAGUGAUCCUAGAUUCAAGAGGUAAACCAAAAGAUAAGAAACCGAUUUAUGGCGCAAUCAAGUUGAUUGAAAAGUUCUUACCUAAAGAAAAAAAUGAAUCCAAAGAAACUAAAGAUAGAGAUAAAGACAAAGAGCGAGAACGCGAGAAAAGGUCUGGCUCAAGCAAGGAGAAAAAUCGUAAAGAGAAAGACAGGGACAAAGAGUCCAAAGAAGAGGAUAAGAAGAAGAAAUCAAGGUGA